UCACAAGCAGAAUCUGGGUGACAGAGCUGCACUUGCCAUUGCCCGAUGCUGCUGUCGCGAGGCAGUGGGGUGGCUGCGCGGAGGGGGUGACUAUCCUCAUCUGUGAUUAGUGAUCACGAGAAUGCUAGGAGAAGGGGGGUUGGGGAUGGGGCGGACUUGCUGUAGGAGGAGAAGGAAGGGGAGGAGAAUGCGUUGCCUGUGCACAAUUGGAGGCAGCAGCGAGUGAAGCAGCAUCUGUAUGAGGCGAGAGAAAGAACCUGCAUGGAAUGGAGGAGCUCUAGAGGAGCACUGCUGUCGUAAAGACUCCCACUGCCUCCACCACCGCUGCCACUCUGGAUUGUGUGUUAAUGGAAGAUACUAAGAGGAGCUCUGUAAUGCCCGAGGGACCAGCUGUGUGGAUCCGGCGUCACCUUUGAUAUGAUGCUGAGAGCAGGGGGGGCAGCCACCUCUCUCGGACUGCUGCUGCUGCUGCUGCUGUGCUGCUGCCACCUGUGCCACUCACUGCGGGUUCCAAAACUCUCCUCUUUUGCAAAGGCAGAGGACAAGCUGUUCAAAUACCUCUUUGUAAACUACCAAAAAUGGGUCCGUCCAGUGGAAUACCUUAACCAGACGAUCCGUGUGAAGUUUGGGCUGGCCAUCUCCCAGUUAGUUGAUGUGGAUGAGAAAAACCAGCGAAUGACAACCAAUGUGUGGAUGAAACAGGAGUGGCUUGACAGGAAACUCAGAUGGAACCCUGAUGAAUAUCUGGGCAUCACAACUAUCCGAGUCCCAUCUAACAGGAUCUGGCUCCCUGACGUGGUACUGUAUGAUAAUUCAGAUGGGCGUUUUGAGGGUACUGUCACCAAGGCAGUUGUUAAGUAUGAUGGAACCAUAUCAUGGACGCCACCAGCCAACUACAAGUCAGCUUGCACCAUUGAUGUCACCUUCUUCCCCUUUGAUCUCCAGAAUUGCUCAAUGAAGUUUGGUUCCUGGACAUAUGAUGGCUCCCAGGUGGACAUAAUUCUGGAGGACUUUCAUGUGGACAAGCAGGACUAUUUUGACAACGGUGAAUGGGAGAUAGUAAAAGCCACAGGCAGCCGUGGUCUAAGGACAGACGGCAGCUCUUCCUAUCCCACCAUCACCUACUUCUUCAUCAUUCGCCGGUUGCCUCUUUUCUACACCCUUUUUCUCAUCAUCCCCUGCAUUGGCCUUUCUUUCCUUACCAUCCUUGUCUUCUAUCUGCCCUCCAACGGCGGCGAGAAGAUCUCCCUCUGCACCUCAGUUCUGGUGUCGCUCACAGUUUUCCUCCUGGUCAUUGAGGAAAUUAUUCCUUCAUCUUCGAAGGCCAUCCCUCUCAUCGGGGAGUACCUGGUCUUCACUAUGAUCUUUGUCACGCUCUCCAUCAUCAUCACCGUCUUCGCCAUCAACAUCCACCAUCGCUCCUCUUCUACCCAUCAUGGCAUGGCACCCUGGGUGAGGAGGAUCUUCCUGCAUCGACUGCCUAAGCUGCUGUGCAUGCGCAGCCACGUGGACCGUUACGACCCAGCUGGAGCAGCCAGAGCAGGAGGAGCAGUAGGACAGGGUUUGACGGAGGACUCAGCACCUGAACUGACACCUCUGCUCUACACCAGGCAUAACCUACAAGCAGCGUUGGAUUCUAUUCGCUACAUAAACAUGCAUGUAGUUAAAGAAAAUGAGGUCAGAGAGGUGGUUCAAGAUUGGAAAUUUGUAGCCCAAGUCUUGGAUCGAGUGUUUCUUUGGGCCUUCCUCCUGGUGUCGAUCCUGGGCACUGCUCUCCUCUUCAUCCCAGUCAUUUACAAGUGGGCCAACAUCAUUGUCCCUAACCAUGCUGGAAGUACCUUCUGAGAGCAACAGUUCAACUUACCCCAAAUGGAGGCAAAGCACAUUAACAGCUCCUUAUGGGUCCCAUUGGGAGUUUUGAAAGACUUACCACUCAGAUACGGCCCUGCGCUGUUUAUCCACAGUCAUUCUGUAAGCCACAGCUGUGCCAGAGAUCCAGCUGCAGAUUUGGGGACUUGAUUGCUGAGUGUAUCUCACAGACACACGUUUUCUGUUUGUUUUAAAGAUAUUUUGAAUUAUGUCACACUGAUUCAAGUUAUGACACAGUGAUGAAUAACAAUUCCGUUAAUUAAUUUCAAUAAAAGUUACAUUUUUUCUUUAAUAAUAAGGUAGCUUGCCACCCAGAUUGCCAGACACAAACACUAGUUAGACAAACAAAAGUUAGGAGAAGACCAUCAUUCUCAUUUUACAUUUUGCCUAAUACUCCAUGUGUGCAUAUCAGCCAUGUAUAACAUUUGGGAAAAUUACCACUUUAUCAGUGGGGCAUAGUUUAAAUAAAAGUGAUGGUUUAACGUUGCUUUUCUGUAAUUCCAUUUUCACAUUGUGAUUAAGAACCAGAACAAGGAAGUGAGAAUAGAACAACAUAUUCCUUCCUUCUAAUAAAAGAUGUGUAUUUUAAGUUAUUUCUCCUCCUGUGUACAUUCAGAAGACCAUAGUCACACAAUCAAACUAUAGAUCAUAAUUCUGUGAGUGCCACGCAUGUCAGAUACUCCUCUUCAGGGAUACACAUAGUUAAUAGUUUCUCUAUUUGUUCUGCUUGACUGUGCGUGAAAGAAGGGGUGGCCUUUCUUGCCCAGACUUGAGUGUCUCUGGCACUCCUUUCAGCCUGAGGACAAAUCCUACAUUCUUUGUGGGACUGUAAUACAAUCUUUAGUAACAGAUCAGUGCAGAGGCGCUGUGGGUCCAGGAUGUUUAUUUUAUGUUUAAAGCCUUAUGUAGCACAAAAGUCAGCUCCAUCAAAAGAAAUGAAAAAUGAAAAUAAGUCUAAUAACAACUCCAAUACUGUCUUGUUAUUGUAUUGGUGUUGCAUCCAGAUACCUCAGAUUAUGUAAUACUGUAGAGAAAUGUAGUAAAGGGCCUUAGGCUCACUACAGCACUAUCAACAUCUCCAAUUACCAGGAAGACUUUCUGUGUUUAGACAGCUGAGCAGCGCAGCCUUUGGUUGAGCCUGCACUGCCUCUGCAUGGCCAUUUCUUUACACUACAGCUAAAAAAUCAACAAAGACACUGCCAGAACGGACAUGUUGGUGAUUGUAAUGAUAAAAUCUACAACAUACCAGUUCCAGUCACUGCUCCGCUAAAUAUAGAGACUCUAAAUAAAAAU